GGCCGCGGCGCCGCCAUGAACGGGACGGUGAUCCCCGGCACGCCGAUCGCCGUGGACUUCUGGAGCGUGCGGCGGGCGGGCGGCGCCCGCCUCUUCUUCCUGUCGCACCUGCACUCGGACCACACGGUGGGGCUGUCCAGCACCUGGAGCCGCCCUGUGUACUGCUCGCCGCUCACCGCCCGCCUCCUGCGCCGCCGCCUCCAGGUGCCGGCGCGCUGGAUCCGGCCGCUGGAGGUGGGGCAGAGCCACGUGCUGGGCGAGGGGGACACGGUGACGGUGACGCUGCUCGACUCCAACCACUGCCCCGGCUCCGUGAUGUUCCUCUUCGAGGGCGCCUUCGGCACCAUCCUCUACACAGGGGACUUCCGCUACGCCAGCGCCAUGCAGCAGGAGCCGGCGCUGCGGGGCCGCCGCCUCGACCGCCUCUACCUGGACAACACCCACUGCCACCCAGGGCGCAGCCUGCCCUCGCGCCGCCACGCCGCCCGCCUGGCCGCCCGCCUCAUCCGCGCCCACCCGCGCCACCACGUCGUUGUUGGUGUGUACAGCCUGGGGAAGGAGACACUGCUGGUGGACCUGGCGAUGGAGUUUGGCACCUGGGUUGUGGUGAGCCCCUGGCGCCUGGAGCAGAUGCGGCUGCUGGAGCUGCCUGAUGUGUUCACUACAGAGGAAGGGGCCGGCUGGAUCCGUGCCGUGGACGUUGCUGAGAUCCGCUGGGACACCCUUGUCAGCUGGAACCUGCUGCACCCUACCAUUGCCAUCCUCCCCACAGGCAGGCCUGUGAAGGUUACCCACCCCAAAAUCUACCCCAUUCCAUACUCUGAUCACUCAUCCUUUUCAGAGCUGUGUGAGUUUGUGAAGUGGUUGAAACCCUGCUCAGUCAUCCCAAUUGUGAAGGGCAGCAUGUGUCAACUUUACUUUGAGAAAUAUCUGAGUUCUGACUGCCAGGCACUUCCUGACCUCACAAUUCCAGAGCCUGUGCGAGAGCUGGUACAGCAGAAAAAGAAAAAACAGGAACCUUUGUGUCCAUUGAAAAGAGUUGCCCAGCACUCUGUCUCUCGAGGAGUUGUUUUUGAAUCCCCAGAGAAAUAUGUUGACAAGUCUGAAGAGUUUGGGGAUGUUAAGGCUCCUCAGCAGAACUGUGAGUCAGGUUUUUGUUCCAAAAAAGACUGUAUUUGUCGUGUCACAUGCAAGGAGAAAGGGGAGGGAAUUGAGAUGGAGAUCAACAGCCACAAUCCCCAGUGUGUAUCAGCUCAGCUGGAUGGAGAACGAUCAGCAGUAGUAAUAUCAACUAGGCCUGUUAGCCAAUCACUGGCUUCUGAUGAAGAUGUUCUAUGUGGAUUGGCAGAACAGUAUUUACUCACUCCUUUAAAUGUUCUAAAGCAGAAUUCUGUAGAGAAAUUUGAUGAGCUAGUAGAAGAAUACUUCAGGAGGGAGGAAGCAUCCUGAAAUUUGUAACACUUGCCAAGGCAGUUGACAACAGUGAUUCUAACAGUCUUACUCCUGCAUCUCAUUCUUGGAGUUUCCCACAAGGAGAAUGCUUAACUAUAAGUCUUUAUUUUUUUUCGCCUUUUAUUAGCAGAGAAGGUAGCAACUUGAACUCAUUGGUGUAUUUUAGAAUUCUUAUUUAUUUUUUCAUUUGUCUAAAUCUGUCAGGACUUCAGACUACACUCAGGCAGUGCAGUCCCGCUACAAGCAUCCUCUAAUUUAAUUGCUUUUUGUAGUGACUUACCAGUCAUGUGGCAAAAGCUGUUGCCAAAUUGAUUCAAAUUGAGCAGCAGAGGGUGUGAGCUGUCUGCUGCUGAACUAGUGAGUUUGAAUGUAAUAAGAGAAGCAAAAAAGGGGAGUCUGAGAGCAUCAAAUGUUCAUCUUUCUAUAUUUUUUGUAAUGCCUCAUUGACAAUGAGUUCCAAGAUGCAUUAUAAAUAAUGUGAAUUAAACUAUGUUUUAGAAAGGUGCUUAAGGGAAACUGGAAGUGCCUUUAAAUCUAGUAAUGGAUCACUGUAAUACCUCCAAACACAGCUCUGUGUUUGCAUUCUGCCAACUGCAGCUGGCUGCAGCCCUGCUCUUCUGAAAACAGUAUAUGUUCACUAUAAAUGCUCUUUCAGGUCACAGGCCAGGAAACUAGGAAUUGUGGAUUCCUGGGUUUUAGAUCUUUUGGAAUGGCUUAUUAUAUAGCUGUGCAGUCUCUGCACUCAAGUCUACGUGUUUUAAUGUUUCUGCUGGACUGUGAAGUCCUUCUGGUAACUAAGCAUUCUGAUAGGUGCAUUGCUUUCCCAUGGACUGCCUGUACUGUCAGCCAAUGGCAAAUGGGAUAGGAGUUAAAGAAACAUACUUAUUAAUGCAAA